GGGUGUUAAGCUAGCUUGAGAUAUGAUCAGCCUGCAGCAGCAUCCCAGUGAAGUAUCAGUCGAGUUAAUGAGUCCAUAUCGAAAUUUAACGAGGGAGUCCGACAAAGAAACCGGAGCCGGACAUGGACCGAGUACAAUGUGGCAAAUAUUACCAGAAAGAAUACUUUGUUCAAGAGAUUAUAAGCCGAAGAGAUGUUUUCCGAUAUGGGAAAAUAAGAUCUUUAUAAUACCUUGUGCAUUUGCAGUCCUCUUUAAUCCGUUGUUCAUCUACCUUCCUGUAACAUAUCCUCAUUUACUGUGCUACCAAUGGGACGUUAGCUUGAUGUGGAUCUAUGUUGCUUUACAAUCUACCAUUGACCUGUUUUACGCCAUGGAUAUUUUUGUGUUUUGCUGGCGAAUUCGUGGCAAUCAGAAUGUUAAGAUGACAUUUAAGGAGCACAUCUUCUUGUGGUUACCAAUCAUAUAUCGCAUUUAUCUGUUUCUUCCCAUUUCACAGGCAAUAGUACUCCUACGAUAUAUUCUGAAAGCCCGGUUUCUGUAUAGAUUUCUUCGACGUAUCUUCUAUCCAAUCCAGUAUGCUCUACGAGCUUAUUUCACCUUUGGAUUAAUUAAGCACCGUCCUAACGUGGAGUAUGGAAUAGGAAGAUGGCUUCAAGCUAUAUUGGAUCUUCUUCCUUUCAUCAUUGCUUCUCAUUUAUUUGGAGCCUUGUGGUACGGCUUUGCCGUCGACAGAGAGAUUCAUUGUUGGAGGAAACAAUACAAUUUGAUGCAAUGUGAUAAACCAGUUCGGUAUGGUUUCUACUGUGACAAGAAUAUAACAUCCCAAGUACUUAGAACCUGCAACGCGACGCAUAUAAUGGCAUUCUGCGAUCCAACUGAUAAAAAAGAUUUUAAUUUUGGUAUAUAUCGUUAUGCUCUUCAGUCUAACUUUACAAGAUCAACUUAUUUUCCUCGAAAGUUUCUGCAAUCUUUCUGGUGGGGCUUGCGCAAUUUGAGGUUUGCACUUUGCACAUCUGAGAUUGCUUGA